CCGGAAAUGUCUCAAAUUUAUUUAUUUACAUUACAUCAUAGGAUGAGCCAAUCGUUUUCCUGGUGCAUUCUUCGUUCUUUUUUAAUCUUAAACUUGGUGUCAUCGUCAUGUUUCAUGCAACUCAAUCCAAUGAAUCCAUUUCAAUCCAAGUACAGUGCCGGUCAAGCAAAUAUAGGACCACCACCCUCAAAUAAUGAAAAAUCAUCUCAACAGACAUAUCAGCCUUCUGCACAGCUUUCGCAACCUGUUCAGUCUCACGUUAAAAAUGAUUUCGGUGAUCCAAAGAGCGGUCAGAAUGAGAAAAAUUUGGAACUUCAACGAAUGGUGCAGCAAUUAUACAUGGCUCAAGCACAGGUUCAGCUAGAAGCUACAGAAAUACGUCGUGCUCAAAGUGUUGCAAGUGAGGCUCAAAAACGCUUAGAGGAAGCUUCCAAUAACGUCCGUGUUAUAACAACUGCACUUAGAUCAGCUCAGGAAACCAUAGCGACAACAGCCCAACACGCCCAGACCGCACAACUGCAACUUGCUGCCCACGAUCAGUUGUUAUUUACAGCUCGACAAAAGGUUGAUGCACUUUCGGCUCAAUUGGUUGGAUUACAGGCUGAAGUUGGUAUAUCCGGUGAUACAGCGAACAUAAAUCUUCCUGCUCUACUGGACAAACUCAAAGAGCCGUUGCAUCCAGACGACCAGCCUAAGCCACCGCCAUCACUACUCAAUUCGGUCGGAUCUUCAGCUUACACCGACAAUGGAAGCCGCAGCGUCAAGCAAUAUUCACCGAAUUGGAAUGACUACAAACAGUAUUCGUUCGAUCAACCAAAGAAUGUGGAGAAGGGCUUCAAGAAUCCGGCUACAAAAUUGAAACGAUCAAAUUUCGAUGAUCAACUGGAUCGAUUGAGUAACGACUAUAAUCCAUCUGAAAAGAUUAAAUCGCUUCUGGAUUGGAUACAUGAGGAGAAUAGGAAAGAUUUGUCCAUACGAUAAAGGGCUCCGAAGUUGCUAUGUAAGAACUUUGAAAAUCGAAUUUUAUAAAAUGAA